ACCGUCCAAGCGGGGAUCUUUGUAGAACUUGGUCGGCCGGCUUUGAGGCUCAUAAGUGGCUCAUAAGUGAAAAAUGAUGCGACCAAAAGAUUUACGCCAGGGUUCUGGCACCAAGACCUUCUUGGACGCCAUGCACAGUGGCAAAGUUCACCUGGCGCGUUUCAUCUUGGACGCCUUGGACGGACGUAUCAUCAACUCAAAGACUGAAAACAGCCGCACGCCGCUUAUUUAUGCCGUUUGUCUACAAGAAGCUGGUACCAGAGCCAAGUUCGCCCGACUUCUUCUUGAGAAAGGUGCCGACGUCAACUGCCAGGAUGAGGACGGACGCACGGCUCUGAGCCAUGCCUGUGAGUUGGGUCACUUAGACAUGGUGAAGAUUCUAGUGCAGUUCAAUGCUGAUCCAGACGUCUCUGAUGUGUGGGGUAACAGCGCUCUGAUGUAUGCUGCGUAUUCCGGGCAAAGCCAGGUCCUUGAGUUUCUGAUCCGGGCUUUUAAAAGACUUGGACUGAGACUAGACAGAACGAAUAACGCUGGACACACAGCCGUUGAGGUGGCCGACUUCUUUGGACACAACCAAUGCGUGCAGAUUCUGAACUUUCAGUGCAGACGGAGUGUAGGCACUGAUGAGUCUCCUGUUGAUCCAGCUCACAUCGGGGAUGGGGAGCUACCCAAUAGACUGCCACGCCACAUCCUAGAUAAGUUCUCCAAGGAGAACAACAAUAAAGAAGACCAUCUACCGGGGGUAUUUCAAAGACAUAUGAAGAUCGGGGACGGCAAUGGGCUCUGGAACCGAUUCACAUACCCCAAGAACCAGAUGCAUGAAGAGAAACAUCACCCCAACUGGUCUCGGUCCCUUCAGAAAAGCCACACCGAGGAGGAUCAUAGUGUUUUCUUCACUGCCAAACAACUCCAAAACUGCCAGCUUCGGGAUCAAAAAGGGGCAAGAACACUCAACUCUCAACCUGAGCAAAGCCAGAAAGAAGUCAAGGAGGAAAUCGGACUCCAAGAGAAAGCGCCACAGAGGUUUCCUCCCUGUGGGAAAGCAAAGUCAUUCAACCUGGAGCUUCUGAGCAGCAGAAAGCAGUCCUACCAGGGGGAUGUACAGGACAUGAACCUGUCAGCCAGCAAAUUCAAGAGAGCCUCGCUACAAGAUGAGCGAUGUCUCCUGGACAAGAUGGAAUGUCAAGGAAACUCCUGGGGCCUCACAAACGAUCCUGACAAAACUGUUCCAAAAGCUCCUCUCGGCAUCAAGAGUCCGACCGUGAGAGCCCUCGAGGAGAAGUCCAAGACAGAGGAGCUUAACGAAACAGCUUCAUCAAGCCGAAAAGAGCUGCAGAAGAGAGGAAGCUUUGCCCCUAGCGGCAAACACAACAAAUUGUUCUUUGGCCGAGGAGAUACGGAUGCGGGUAAGAUGCCCACUCGUGGCCCAGGGUUCAUGGGCUUUGGGACGAGACUCCUCCGCCGAUUCACCGCGCCUGAGUUCAUGAGGAUGGUGAUUGACUGCUCAUCGGGGUCCUCCAGCGGAAGAGGACGGAUGUCCCGAUCUGAAACCUUUCCUCUUUCCCACACACACAAUCAUGUCAACAGCCAACCGAGCGUUGAUAGCAUCAGCGGAGUCAAAUGUGAGUUUGAAACCACCUCGUCUCAGUCCGUCCUUGAUUAGAAGGAAACGGAAGGAAGCGUUAAAUAAUAAAAAAUGACACAUAGUAACACUUUCAGAGCAGUUAAAAUGCAAUUUGGCUGCUGAUUCAUUCUUUAAUGCGCAAAAGUAAUCAUCCUAUGCUGAUGUUUUUUUUUUUUUAUGUGUUUGCAGUGUUUAUGAAUUGCUUAUAAUCUACCGGUCAAACUAUUGAGUACACCCGCAUAACACAUCUGUGAUCAUUUUGUUUUUUCUCUUGUAUUAAUCCAGUUAGACUUUGCAGGUGUACCUAAUAAUUUGGCUAUUGAGUCUACAUUAGAGGAAAUGUAUGAAUUAGCACUUCAUAAAUAGACAUUAUUUAUAUUGUAAAAAAAAAAAAAUACAACUAUUGUUUUGUAUUUGAUAUGGCUUCUGCAUUUCUAAAAAAAAAACUGUAUAGAUUUUCGC